AUGGGAGAAUCCUCUAUACAAAAAGAAGGCGGUGCUUUCGAAGGUCUCAAUGACGAUGUACUGCAUUUAAUAAUAUUUAGCCUUUAUGAAGCAUGUCGUUAUGAAUUUGAUCUGUACGAGGACCCUCGCGCAAAACAUGUUAAUACGGUUAAAAAAUUGUUACCACUUGGGUACACCUCUCGCUAUUUCGCCAACUUAGUCUUGCCCUAUGUGUGGCAUUACGCUCGAAUAAUAGCUAAUAAUAGCAACCUUCGAUCGCAUAAUACCCAAAUCCUCAAUAUCUUGAAAAAAGAACAGCUCUUAUUCCCUUACGGAAAUUAUUUAAAAGAAUUGGAGAUUAACUUCACCGUAAAUAGUGGAGACGAACAUUCGCAAAGGAUUCCUACUAUAUCUUCAUUACUUCAAGUUAUAGCUAAACGUUGUCCCAAUAUACAACAAUUGACCUUCCUGGCAAAAGUUGAACGUAGAAUUAUAAACGAUUAUUAUGAUGAUGAGAGUGUUAACAAAGCAUUUUCUAGGUAUAUGAUCAAAUCAAAGUGGAGUGAUUUCAAGGAUUUAUUUGCCUCAGCAUUUGGUCAAGGCACAUUGAAAGAUGUGACUCUCAGUUCAGAUUUUGUCCUUGUGGAUGACGAUUGUUUGACCAAUAUCGCCCAAAAUAAUCUCGGAAUUAAAAAACUUUCUUUAAGAGGAUCCCAAUUCUUUAAUAAGGGAAUUGAGGUCGCAUUACAAUUUCUGGGCGAUAGUUUAAAGGAAUUGGAAUUAAGUAAUGUAUUGGGAGAUGGCAGCCAUAAUUCGAUAAGGAGUUCCCCUUUGAAGAUUUGUAUUGAUACUUUAUUGAGACCUUGCCGAAACUUACAAACCAUUAAAUUGGUCGGCAUAGUUUAUAAACGUACUGAAAUAUUUGAAGAAUAUACUUGUCCCAUACAAUCUAUCACGACAAAUUUAGUUGACGAAGAAACUCUUGAGCAUCUCUUUUUACAUACUGAUAAGCGAACCUUAUCCCAGGUUAAAGUUACUAGUCCCUACGACGCGAUCAAAUGGGAUUCGUUCCUUAAUUCUUCCGUUUUACCUUGCACAACAUCUGGAAAUUUAGAAAAGCUUAUACUUUACAUUUUGAGAUGUCGAAAACAUCGAUAUAAUUCUUCUUCUUUAGAUCCAACAGUUAUCAUGAAGAAUAUUAUGGAUACUUUACAGAUAUCCGAAAAUACAGUUAAUAAACUUCGUUCAGGAUUAACCCAGUGGAGAAUUUUGGUGGGCAAGGAUAUGGGAGAUCAUAAGUAUUCAGUUGAAGCAGAAGGGGUCGAUUUUGUUUCAAAAACAUGUAUAUUGGAUUAUGACAGAGUUGAUUUAUCUGAACACAAUUAA